CUCAUUAAGCAUAUAAUAACAGAAUUCCCCAAACCCUAAAUCCCUCUCCUCUCUCCCUCACUCGGCCGAACCCCUUCCCCUCGACCUCCCUCUUCCUUCGUCGGCCACCUUGGCUGCCCGACCUUCCUUCCCCUCUUCUUCCUCAACUUCCUCUCCAAUUCCUCGAUCAAUCCGCCAAUUCCCCGAUUUCCCCAACUACUAUCAUCCCUAAUCGAAUCACCCUAGAAGUGAGACGCCUAGAUCCUCGGGUUUCUUACAGUGGUAUCAGAGCCUGCUCGGCGUCUGGGUCAAGAGAAAGAUGAGUUAGUCAUAUCAAUCCCCAGAGAGAAGGCUGCAGGAGACCGUGACCGUGGAGGAUAUCACGCACGAGGAGGACAUCAAGCGGCUGCUGCAAAUGGCGGAUCACUAGAUCAACCUCCAUGUUCACAUGGGAGAGGUGAAUGAAACUCUCCAAGAGAUGUCUAGAAGGAACAGUGACGAUCUGAGGUCACUGAUGGAGCUGAUGAAGGCGACCCUAGCUCCUCAGGGGCUGCCCACACCAUCGCAGCAGGUUGGAGAGGCGGCGGCGGGAGCGAAGGAGAUCGUCACCAUGGCGAUCACAGCGGCGGCGUCGACCGAGGUGAUACCGGCGCCUGAAGAGGCGCCGGGGGUGAGGGCGGCGAGGCCGCACGCGGAAGGCGGCGAGCGCGGCGGGGGCAGCAGCGUCCCGGUUUCGCCGGGAGACGCGGUGAGGCGCGCGGGGCAAGGGUCGGGCCAACCUAAUCAUGGGACGGGCGUGCUACCAACUCCGACGGCCCAGGAGCUCGCGGCAAUGCGCGGGAAGGCCAAGCUGUCGGGCUACGACUCGGUGGGCGGAGAGAUGGGCUUCGAGCCCAUGAGCUCGAAAGCAGGGCGAGGUCGGGUCCAGGGUAACCGUGGGCCGACUGAGAGACGGGCCGACUGGGCCCGUAGUGCAGAAGAGAUUAGCUUGAUUGACCAGAGCAGAGAGUGGGCCGAAUCUGACCCCCAAGGGAGACCAUGGGCCAGCGACCACCAUCCUAACCGACUGGGAUUGGUCCGCGGUUGGUCGGACCGAGAAGGGCGACCUGGGAUGGGGCGGGGCCAGCCGGAGUGAAUCGAACCGGGACGGCUCGAAUAGAACCGGUUCAGACCG